AUAAUGUGGCAUCUCUAGUUAUUUGCAUUGCUGUAAAAUUGCACAAAUAAAUACAUUUAGUGUUAGUAAAAUAAACUUAAGUUACGAUUUAUUUAAAUUGCACUGGAUGUUCUAAUGGAGAUUUCUAAUUUUGUAUUAUUGUUCAAUGAAAUCUGUCUUCUACAAAAGAUCUGGACAGCCGCAUAAUUGUAAUCACGACCAGCGGCAAUGGCGCUCUUCACCAAAGCUAAUGGUGUGAGAGCUAUGCUGUGUCUGGUCGGGAUAUGGGUGUUGUUUAGCGCGUUUCUGAGCUAUGUGGAUAAUAAAUCUGCAAGUUACUCUACGUUUAGUAGACUAAGCAUUCGGCAUAUGCAUAACUUUGCAAGGGGUAUUACAAUUGCCAAUAAGUCUUUAAGUGGUAACAACUCUAAAGAACAUGAUACUUUAAAUACGUCUAACCAAACAGUACUUCCUAUUGAUUCCGAAUCUCAGAAGCCUAUUAUAUUAUUGUACUCACAAAAUGUUUCCAGCGAGCAUAACCAAACGAAUAAUUACAGGUUGCUCAGACCAUUGCAAUCUAUUAAGAGGGAAAACGGAGCUACAGUGAGAGUAAGAUGUAAGGAACCACAAUAUGAUGAAAAUGAAGGUCCAAUAACCCCAAAUACAACUCUUGAAUCAUUGGACAUUGUGGAAGCUGAACUAGCCCCUCUAUUAAAACCGGGAGGAGCAUUUCAACCACAUGAUUGUAUUCCAAAGGAACACGUCGCAAUAGUCGUACCAUUUCGUGAUCGUUACGCCCAUUUAACCGUGUUUCUGAGAAACAUUCAUCCAUUCUUAAUGAAACAGCAUAUUGCCUACAGAAUAUUUCUCAUCGAACAAACCAAUGGGAAAGCAUUUAAUCGGGCUGCGUUAAUGAAUAUAGGCUUCUUAGAAGCGUUAAAAAUAUUUCCAUGGGACUGUUUUAUAUUCCAUGAUGUUGACUUGUUACCUCUGGAUAAUCGAAACUUUUAUACAUGUCCGCGGCAACCGCGCCACAUGUCAGUCUCUAUAGAUACUUUAAACUUCAAGUUGCCUUAUCGUUCAAUUUUUGGAGGAGUAUCCGCUAUGACUCGUGAACACUUUCAGCUAGUGAAUGGCUUUUCGAAUUCGUAUUUUGGGUGGGGUGGUGAAGAUGACGAUAUGUCGAAUAGAUUAAAGCAUGCCAAUUUGUUCAUAUCAAGAUAUCCUGUUAAUAUAGCACGUUAUAUGAUGCUAAAACAUCCAAAAGAAAAGGCCAAUCCAAAAAGAUAUGAGAAUCUCGUAAAUGGAAUCAGCAAGAUGGAAAUGGACGGUAUAAAUUCCAUAAAGUAUGAAAUCUAUAGCAUAAGAGAAUUUCCAACUUUUACUUGGUAUCUAGCAGAAUUAAAAAUCUUCGAUCAAACAAGUUAAUACUUAUGGUAAUAGAUUAAGAAAAUAAUGAUUCCUUAAUUAUUUAUUUAGUUUUAAAAAUUUUAACAAAUACACUUGUUUAUUCUUUUUGCUCUACUCAUAUUUAAAACUCAUUUAUUACAAUUAUUAUUAAUACACAAAUAAAAUGAAUAUAUAAGAUUUUGUAA